CCCAGGAACAGCAUAAAAGGGCUGAAGGACAGCACACCUCCAUCCACUUCUCCUAAGCUGUCCAUCCACACAUCUUGAAUUGCCUGUCAUCUUGAUUUUGAGCAUCCACCAGCCAAGAUGUCCUGCCAGCAAAGCCAACAGCAGUGCCAGCCCCCUCCCAAGUGCACCCCAAAAUGCCCUCCCAAGUGCCAGACCCCAAAGUGUCCUCCAAAGUGCCCCCCUAAAUGUCCUCCCAAGUGCCCACCUGUGUCUUCCUGCUGUAGCCUGGGUUCUGGGGGCUGCUGUGGUUCCAGUUCUGGAGGCUGUUGUGGCUCCAGCUCUGGUGGCUGCUGCAGCUCUGGGGGUGGAGGCUGCUGCCUGAGCCACCACAGACCUCGCAGAUCUCUCCGACGCCACCGUCACAGCUCUGGCUGCUGUAGCAGUGGUGGCAGCAGUGGUGGCAGCAGUGGCUGCUGUGGCAGCAGUGGUGGCAGCAGUGGCUGCUGUGGCAGCAGUGGUGGCAGCAGUGGCUGCUGUGGUGGCAGCAGUGGCAGUAGCCAACAGUCUGGGGGCUGCUGCUGACCAGUGCCAUGAAGAUCUCAAACAUGCUAUGCAGAGGAAGCCAUGUUUAGAAAACCAGCCCAUGUUUUCUGUUCUCCUUUUCUUCAGUCCUUCAUGUCCUUGUCUGUGAAAUGCUGAAAUUCUAUAUCAAGUUCUAAAACUGUCCCAGUAACCUUCUCUCUUCUUCAGUAUUUUGUGAUAAUAAAGUCUUCUUUAUUGAAUCUACCAAAA